GUUAUUAAUGAUUUUAAUGUGGGCACAAAAAACAGGCCGUGCUCAUAAUGAUUUACUAACAUAUAUGUUUGCUUCUAAAUAGGGUCAAACUUAAACAUAUGCGUUAAGAAAUUGUUUGCUAUAUGUAUGGAAUACGGGAUAUGCAGUGAUGUAAGAAACUUGCGCCUUUAUCUUGCAUUACUAGCUACUAUACGUUACCAAGAAAACAGGACUGCAUGUUACGAAAAUCAGCAUAUAUUUAAAGAGAGAUAUGUUCACUUUUUCUUUAUGGAGAGACAAAAUUGUUGUAGAAAUGUGGAUAAUGGGAUGGAGGAAAGAAUAUCUGGAUUUAGUAUUGGCACCUCUGAGUUUAUUCAUAAUGUUUGGUUAUCAUCUCUUCCUUCUCUACAGGUACCUCAAACAUCCAAAAAGCACAGUCAUUGGUUACGAGAAUCACAACAAACGAGCUUGGGUUGAUAAAAUGAUGGAGAUUGAUGCUAAAGAGAGGCCUGCGAUAUCAGUUUUGGGAAACAGCAUAUCAGCAGCUGCUACUUUAUCAUCAAUUUCACUAGUUUUAAGCUCCUUAAUUGGAGCAUGGCUUGGGAGUUCCAACCAAACAGUAUUCACAAGCAAUCUCAUCUACGGAGACACCAGCCCAUCAAUCAUUUCCAUCAAAUACAUCUCCUUGUUAAUCUGUUUUCUUGUCGCUUUCGGCGCUUUUGUUCACGGUACGAGGUGUUUCGUCCACGCUAGUUACCUCAUGACCAUGCCUAUUAAUGCCGGAAUUCCAGUUGGGUACAUUGAGAAAGAAGUGAUCAGAGGGAACCAUUUCUAUGAAUUUGGGAUGAGGGCUCUGUAUUUUUCCACCACGUUUCUUGUUUGGGUUUUUGGUCCUAUUCCCAUGUUUGUUUCUUCGUUAGUUAUGGUGAUUUUGUUGCAUAAUUUGGAUACCAAUAGCAUGCCUAUGCUUCAGUUCGGUCCAUUGGGGCAUCAAGAGUUUAUGAGGACCAACAAAAUCACCAACCUCUCCAGCCAAGAAUAGCGAGCUUCGAACAGUUUCGAAGCAGCCCAUUCCGAAAUUAAUUAAAUAGGAAUUACUUUUAUGAUUUGUCUUUCCGUUUGUUUUCUACAAGGGAACAAUGACAAAGCUAUAUAUUGUAAGACCAAAAUAUCGCCGAAGAAAAGAAAUAUAAAUCGCAUAGGCUAGAACCUCAAAAUGUAAGGAUUGACGACGGAUUGAAAUGUCAUUGUUUACACCUCUUUGUAAGUCUUCCUUAUUGUAGCUAAUUUUGUCGUCUCCUUAUAACUAAACAAAGUGUGAAGAUUAGAAGGAAUAGGAGAAUGUCAAAAACGUAAUCUCUCAUCCACAUUACUAUUGAUUACUAUUAAGAACAUCAUCUAAUGGUAGAUACAAACUAGUAUUAUUAUCGUGUAAACAUGAUAUACCAGCACCAAUGCUUUGAGAGUGUACAUCGGUAGCAUCGCGCGGCACAACCGGCUGAGGAUUAUCUUGGAACUCACCCACUAGAAAAUGGUGAAAUUUACUCGUGCG